AUGAGCAGCAGGGCACAAAAAAAUUUGAAUUUAUUGAAAGAAAGCAGUAAUGAAACUCAUACUCAUGAAGAUGGGGACGAUCAGAGCAGCGAAGCUCCUUCACUGGAUGAAGCUGUCCGAAAGGAAAUUAUCAUUGACUCUGAUGAUUCUAUUAGGGAUCCAGAUUUUGAACAACCCGGGACUUCAUCUGGUAGUGAAAGCGAUGAAGAUGUAACAAUUCAAAUAAGACAACGACAUACAACAGCAAAUAGAGAGGAGCAAGUUAUUGCCAACAAUACCAAUAGAGCCAGACAUAAUAGGGGCAAAAAGCGUGCAAUAAAAGGAGACACGAGGGCUGUACGACAGCACAGAAAGAAGAAACGUAAUACUGGCCAGGAAUAUGUAAAUUACAAAGGAAAAAAAGAGCUGCACGCACCAUGCAGCCUCUUAAACCUUGCAGAAAUAAGUGUAGAGAAAAUAUUUCUGAAGAAGAAAGACAUAAACUUUUUACUGAAUAUUGGGCUGUGGGAGAUUAUAAUAGAAGAACAGCUUAUGUUGCUGGUUUACUUGAAAUUAAGAGAAGAGCAGUAUCAAGACCCCGUACGUCUGUCCCAAAUAAAAAAAAAGUUGUCAAAUCAGUCUGGAAUUACAGUAGUUGAUGGCAGAGGAAAAAGUGCACCACCAAACAAACGAACAUUGCAAGAUAUAGAAAGCGUUCGGCAACAUAUACUUUCAGUGCCUACGUAUGAAAGUCACUACACACGCAGAGAUUCUACAAAAAAGUAUUUGCCGCCAUACGUCACACUGACCGAUCUCUAUAACGAGUACAAACAGAAAUAUCCUGUGAAACCCGUGUCAAGAUUUGUAUACGAAUGUGUGUUCCACCAAUUAAAUAUCAGCAUAAAGCGUCCUCAUAAAGACACCUGUGAAAAGUGUUAUAAGCUAUCAAUGCAAAUUAAUCUUGAUCCAACUAAUACUACUCUAAAAGAUGAGCUUGCGCAACAUCAUAAACUUGCAGACUUAGCUUAUCUGUCUUAUCUGUCUAAAAAGAAAGACAAAACUGUUACCAAAGACGAUCCAGAAAGGAAGACUAUAACCUUUGACUUGCAACAGUGUUUACCGACACCUGUAGUGCAAUCAUCACUUGCCUUUUACAAAAGGCAGCUAUGGACUUUUAACCUGACAAUACACGACAGUGAUACCAGUCAAGCCACAUGUUUUGUGUGGCAUGAAGCUAUAACAAAAAGAGGUAGUGACGAUAUCGGUUCUUGUUUAUAUAAGUACCUACAGGAAGAUCUGGAUGUCCGUUAA